GGCGCCGUCAGCCCCGUGUGCGCGCUGCGCUCAGCCCGCCGCGCGGCCGGCGGCUCGGGCGCGGUGACGCCAUGCGUGCUCUGCCCUUUGCAGUGCACCUACAUCAGCGUCGAGCAGGUGGAGAGGACGCACGCCGUGGUGCUGAGCCGCCCCGCCUGGCUCUGGGGCGCCGAGAUGGGCGCCAACGAGCACGGCGUGUGCAUCGGCAACGAGGCGGUGUGGGGCAGGGAAGAGAUCUGCGACGGGGAGGCUCUCCUCGGCAUGGACCUCGUAAGGCUUGGACUUGAGAGAGCAGACACAGCUGAAAAGGCUCUUAGUGUCAUAGUUGAUUUACUGGAAAAAUACGGGCAGGGAGGAAACUGUAUGGAGAGCAACAUGGCAUUUACAUACCACAACAGUUUUCUGAUAGCUGACAGAAAGGAAGCAUGGGUGCUGGAGACGUCAGGAAAAUACUGGGCAGCAGAAAAAGUGGAAGGAGGUGUACGGAAUAUUUCCAAUCAGCUCUCUAUCACAACCAAGAUUGACAGAGAGCACCCAGAAUUGAAGGAAUAUGCCAAAAGCAAUGGCUGGUGGGAUGGGAAGAAGGAAUUUGAUUUUGCUGCCACGUAUUCUUAUGUCAAUACUGCCAGAAUGACCACAUCUGGAGGCCGGUAUUGUGAAGGCUAUAAACUUCUGAACAAACACAAAGGAUCUAUCACUUCUGAAAUAAUGAUGGAAAUUCUUCGUGACAAAGAGAGUGGCAUUAACAUGGAAGGUGGAUUUAUGACAACUGGCAGCAUGGUGUCUGUACUGCCUCAGCAGCCUAAUCUGCCCUGUAUUCAUUUCUUUACUGGAACUCCAGAUCCUGCCAGAUCUGUAUUCAAGCCUUUCAUUUUUGUCCCUGAUAUUACUCAGUUAUUAAAAACUACAUCCCCUACAUUUGGUCAUGAUGAUCCAGUUAAGAAACAACCACGUUUUCAGAGUAAGCCAGAUCGAAGACAUGAGCUCUAUAAAAAACAUGAAAGUGCUGCUGUAGUUAUGGAGACUAUCAAGGACAAAGGUAAAGAAAUGCUCAAAGAGAUACAGGAGUUGGAGAAACAGAAGAUAAGUCAAAUGGAAUCAAUCCUGCAGAAUGAAUGCUUUGAUCCUAAGCAAGUAGUUAAUCUUUUUUCACAGUGUGUAGAAGAAGAACUCAAAAUAUAUAGCUAAGAAUAUUAUUUGAAUGUGAUAAAAUUUGGAUUAUAAUUGGGUUUUCUAAUGAAGACGCUAUAUGGAUUAGCAUCCCGUUUUCAGUAUACCACAUAGCAUGGAUAGUUUUAAAGAUGCAGAUUCAUAUUCAGGACAAAUAGCUUUUGAUUGUAAGAAUGCUGGAAAGGCUCCUAAGAGCCAGGCAAUGGCUUUGUACAUGACACAAAGCUACCAGCAGAAAUUGAUUUUGCCAACAAACAGAUGCAAUUAGAAUGCAAUAGCUUAACUAAAUUAGGGAACAGCCCCAUCUCUGAAUGAAAGACACUACACUCAGCUCUGGAGAACUCAGUUCCAGCAUACACAGAUGUAGCUUUUACAGAAAAGAGAACUGUAGUAGACUUCAGACUACCUGAAUUAAAAUGGCCAUGCUGUAGACUUUCUAAAAUGUAGACGCUAUGAUGAACGCUGAAAAAAAAAGAUAGUGAUACACAAACCAAGUAAGAUUGAUACUCAGUUGUUUGGUAAAACCAUUCUAAGAUACAUUUCAUAUAUGAACCUUCUACUCCUUCAGUGUAGAAAGAGGCAAAGAGUUCAAGGUAUAUUGAAAACAAAUCACAGUUACAAUAAUAGUAUUUUGCUGUAAGUGAUUGUGAAAUUUUAUUACAUGGAAUUCAACAACACAAGCACCCUGGAAGUUACCUGCAGAUUUCACUUUCCUAUUUUCCCCACCCUGAUAGUAAAAAAUAAACUUAUUUAUAUACAAGAUGAUUAUUGUCAAAUUAAUUCUGCAGUGCACCUUAUAACAUCAUGGGGGAGUUCUAAAAUGUUUCUUGAAUUGUUUGUUACUUUUUAAAAUUGGGCGACUAGAAAGGAAGAGGUUGGGCUACACAAGUAUAUACAUGUACUCAGCAGGACACUUAAAAGUACUCUUAAUUUUUUUUCAUUUCACAUAAAUGAAAUAAAUUCAUGACUUGUUUUGCCAGAGCUAAUAGACUAUGGACUUAAUUUAAUCAAGUUUUUUGCCCUGCCAGGAACUCUUCCUUCCUGAUCCUGUUUAAAAGUAAUGAUCAAUAUAUGACACCACUUUUAUUAUCUGUGGCAAGGGCCAAACUAAACAAACAACAAAGAAGAUUCUGAUUUUACCUCAUGAUCAAUAAGGCAGAAUAAUAAGCAUGACUGUAAGGAAAAACAAAAACCCACUCAAAAUGCAGCAGUUCUGCACCUUGAGAACAAAAUAUGAAAUGGUGCACUAGAGCUGCAGCAGCAAUGCAGGACAUGAUACUGUAGCCCCCACAGACACAGC